ACAGUAGAGGGCCUGCCUGCCAGACACCCUUGGGGAGCCUACCCCUUCAAGCAUGAGCCAUACCACCUGGGCUCCCCACUCCCAGUGUGCUCUUAGCUCUGCCUUCCUGGCAUAGGGUCCUGGAGACCUUCUUGGAGUUCAUCCAGCAGCCAUCAUGCAAGGUGGUGCUGGGGACUGCCCUCUUACUAGGAGGUGGAGGCCUUAUGAUGUGGGUUCAGAGAAAGAGGAGGAGGAAGACCACCUCUGAGUCUGCACCAGAGGAGGACAAGUCACCAGAAUCCCACAAAGCAAAGAAUGAUAAUUGGAUCAAAUCUCACUUUAGCUGCUUUUCCGAAGAGAAGCUGGUCCCCACCAACAAUGCCUGCACCAGCAGCAGUGCUCCCCAGCCUGAGGGUGGGAGUGGAGAGGCCAGCACCACAAUUCGUGUGGAGACCUUCAGCACCAGGCACAGAGAAGGGGGCACGGCUCUGCACCGGGAGUCCUUCACCAGCAAACAGAGGACAUCUGGGUCCUCGGUGAUCAAAGAGUCCCACAAGGAGUCUGGAAGAUCCUCAUCCAUGGAAGAGGCCACGUGGGCUGCUGUGGCUGCCUGCACCAAGGAGAUUGACACCAAGGGGCGGUGCCUGGCUAACUCCAUACUGCAGCAGGCCACAGCUUACAAGCACUCAGGCCACCUGGAGUCCACAGACAUCAACCUGGAGGAGCUGAAGGCCCUGGAGGAGGUGGAGAUGAAGGUGAAAGUGAAUUUCCUUGCCCAGCAGGAAAACACCAUAGCUGGUGCCAACCACACACACACCUUCCAUGACCAUGGUCACCCAAGCCACCAUGGCCAUCCAAACCACCAGAGCCACAGCCUGCCCAACCGCAGCCACCAGAUCUAUGACUCCCUUGAAGCCACCUAA